UUUCGACGAGCGCCACUGCUAGAAUCGAAUAGGAAGCCUAGAAUGUAGACAAAGUGUUUAUUUUUGUGUCUGGCUGGUGAAAAAUCCAAGAUUUUGCUAGGAUGUCUGACUUUCGGGAUCACAAAAUGUUCCAAAAGAAGAGAAAAUUGACUGACGAAGAGCUUAGAAAGCUCGCUAUUGAAGAGUUGAACCUUGAGCUGGUGAAGGCGUCAGCAAGAGCGGAAAUUAUAGGAGCUUCUGGGUGGAAACCGUGUCCGCUGAAGAAGACCAACAAGAGAUUUCUUCAAUCCACCCUAAAGUCCGCCGUCCGCCACAACGACAGGGAGAGGGAGAAAAGUCUGAGAGCCAGUUCGGAUAAAUUGAGUCGCCUGGAGAGGAGACAGAAACAAACCCACCGCGAAGGAUCAUCCAGGGAAAAAACCACAAGAAAGUCCGGCAAGUUUGGUGAGCGGAAGCAUGAGUUCCGGAAGCCUGAUAAGAAGGAGAAAGAGUCCCCGGAGAAAAUAAAGGGCGGAUAAGCGUAAAAGGCAGUUGCUUUAUUA